AUGGCGACACGCAACGUUUACCUCGCGUACAAGCGAGACACCAGCCAGCUGUUGUACUGGAUAAUCCGAACAUCCAAUGUCAUCCUCCUCAAGACAACCGCCUCCUCGGAUAGUCACCCAACACAGGUAAACACUACCGGGCAGAUCACAGUCACGGAUCUGGUGGCCCUCUCUCGCCUCAUUGCGAGGCACGUCAACCCUGUGCCCUUCGCCAUUCUACAGCUGUUCCGUUCCGUCAUCGAUGCUCGCACCGCUGCCCAUGAGAGCUUCCAGCAGAUGGCUACCGAACAUCCUGACCCUUCAAUCGAAAAGAGCAAUGCAACUCACAGGUACUUCAUCGUCGCCUUGACCGACGCGUUCCACGAGUUGGGGGGGCGGGACUGGAAGCCUACGGACGACUGCUCAGCCGACGGCGCUGCUGCCGACGACACUAGAACCCAUUCAAAAGCUAAGCUCGAUCGCCUCCUUUUGUCGAACCAGUUCAUGGCCCUCGACUUGAGCAACACCACCGACAUCGAUAAAGAAGCUUCGGAAUCCGAUGAUUCCAACGGCCACCCCGAAAGAGGUCCCGACCCUGCUCAGAAGAGACGCCGACAACCAAAGCCCGGCAAAGGAAAGAAAGGGAAGCGAGGGAAGAAGUCCAAGGCGCAGCAGCAGGCCGCGCGCGCCAAUGAAGCGCUCCUGGACAGCGUUCCUCUUGAGAGCUACCGUAUCAUACAGGAUGGCGAAGGAGUCGACACCGACUAUAUAGUCGCUCUCUAUGCCAUCUUGUCCGAAUGGGUGUCUCUUCGGCAGUACAUACAGUCCGUAUGGAGGAAAUGCGCUUACUGUGGUUUGAACAGUGCUGUUGCUGGCGCUGUUUCCCAACUGGCCAUCACCAUGGUCCAGAAAUCGGCAGCCGAGAUCUUUGUCGACUUCCCCGGCCGCGACUAUUAUGAGACCGUCAUGGACCUCAUCGGUCGGGCGGGCCCCAAGUGGGAUAUAUCCAGAAUCGCCACGAUCACCAUCGAGACAUUUACGCCUGAGGGCAAAGCCGGAAUGACCAUCACGACUCCCGUCGAUUUUGGUGAGAACCUCAUGUUGGACACUCACCGCAACCUAUGGGAUCCCGGAUUCAGCCUCCAAGGCGCGACGGAUGAAGAGAGAACUCGGUGGCGCCGUUAUUAUACCAUGAACUGGCUCUACGGCUUGGUGAAUCACUUCUCGUCCAUCGUGGUCAAGGAGAACACUCUACCAGGCGAGCCCCAUGUCUUGGAGGAUGUUGACUGGUCCCCGACUGGGCCAUGGGCCAAACAUCGAAGACUGUUCGGCCUGAACGGGUUUGCGGGUUUGAUCACUUCCCUCGCCUUGCAGAAGCAAGGAACGGAUAUCCGCAAGAGCAUUUUACCUCACAUCGUCUUUUCACUUCAAUGUAUCGUCGACUCCUUCAUGGUUUCUCGUGGUUGGCGGAUUAGCAUCGCGGGAACGCAUACCCUUGAGCCACCAGCUCAGAACUUCCGACCUCUCCGUGAUAUCGACAUCUUUCUAGACCGCGAGAAUGAGAGGAAAAAAGGCGCUGGAUUGCUUCCAACCGUUACUAUUCUCAAGCAAUUCUGCGCCAAUGAUGCCACGAUCCAUCACGACCCCAACCGACAUGAGUACACCAACGAAUUAUUGCAACGGUUUCACUUUGAAUUUGCUCACUUGCUGGGUGGCAAUGUUUUGGGGUGCGACACCGAUCAUGGCCCGAUCCACCCAUCACGAUUCUCCGGUACCAACUCCAAUGGUUUAUGGGAGUACUCACCCUUUCUGUGUGGCGUCGGACUGACGGAGGGUCUUGAUCUCGCUUACCUGCUCGGCAUGCGCCUCUGGGACAACCUUUCUGAGCCCAUAUUGUUGGUUCACCUCCACAACAUGCUUGUCAAGAAAGGUUACCUCAAAGAGUCCUCGGUACUAUUCGAUUGGGUCCAGUACAUCUUUGGGGGGGUCUUGUUCGUCUCUGGCAAAGUGCCUUCAUCCAACUUUUCGGACGCACUUGUCGCCCGCAGCGAUCAGGCCGCGAGAUCAAGACGCAGAGAUCGGCACGCCGCACAACCGCCAGCUAAUGACAGUUAUGACCCCUUUCAAGCCCUUGCGACCGUCGACCCCGUCACUCAGCAGACCCGUCUCGACGACACCGACCUCGUCAAGCGCGCCAGGGCCACGGGCAUGAUCGAAGAAACCCUGCUACAGAUUCACAAGUCCCAGUGCCGCUGCCGUUCCUGCACGGUUGCCCGGGGGUUGUCUAGUUUUACCACACAAGCCACCGCCAACGCCACCACUAUAGUAUACGAGAGCGGCGACGACACCAGCGACGACGCCGGUGAAGACGCCAGCGUUACCAUCUCGGCCGCGGCCCCCGCCGAAGACAUGGACCCAGACCGAGAACAUGACGAGGCCAUGGCCCAUCUCCCGCCCACCCCCCCGCGGCGCAAAACCAAAACCAAAACCAAAACCACCAGCCCACACCACCACCGCACCGCCCGAAACCCCCGCAAACCGACCGAAGCCAAACCACAGCCGACCACCACCACCACCACCUCCCCGCCCCAACUCCGCUACCUCACCGGCCAAUACAUACUCCUCUUCGCCGAACGCGACCUCACCCUCGACAUUACAGACUGCCGGUUCCGCCCGCUCUCCGCAGUCAACUACGUGGCCGUCGCCUGUACGAUGAUGGGCAUCUUCCAGAUGAUGGAGGCGGAGCUGGCGCGGCGGCGCAACGCGCUGUACGUGCACGUCUACGAGCGGGACGAGACGUGGGCCGAGGCGAAGAGGGUGGGCUUGGGGGUGUCAGUGAUAUGCAUUGGUGUCGAGACCUAG